CGUCUGUCGAUCGGAGCGCCGCGACACGCGCGCGAGUCGCAUUAUACUUAAACUCAUUCGGCCAAUUUGGCAACGCACUGGCGAUAGAAAAUAAAUGGAAAUGCAAAGAAAGGGAAAUAACGAGAAGAACCGGGCCGGCGCACAGCAAGUUGACACAAUAAAUUGAAAGUCCAGGCCGACUGGGUGAUGUAUAGCCGGCGCAAGCUCGCAGCGUAAAAAGGUCGAGUGGGAGGAAGCAGCGGCGGGCAAGAGCGGCUUAAGCUGCGUUAUGUCACAGACGCGCGCGCGCCCUCGCGCCGAUAGCAUCGUCGGAGCGCUCCGCUGCUGGCUAUUUUUCGUCGACUUUCCCGGGGCCUGCACGUGCUUGCAAUACAGCGCCGGCAUCCCCGACAAGUGCGCUGUCGCUUGGCACGGCGAGGCACUACGUUGCGUGCAUACCUGUCUCCUCGUUUCUUUGCUUUUGCCGUGGUCGAGCUUGCGCCCACCCGCUGCAGAUGUACACCCGAACCGCGCGACUUCCAAUUGUCAGCGAGAAUCGCCGAGCGCUUGGCUUCGGAUCGUCGGUCAUAUAUAAAACUGCACUUUGCAGAGGAGGGAUUAGCCAAGCAGGUUCAAGGUGGACUUUGAACAGUGCCACAAAGGUAAUGGAGCUUAAUUGAACGAAAAUCACCGUACAUUAGGAACGUGAAGCAAAUACCACAGAACUCAGAAUAUCUAAUCACAGCUGAACUAGUUGACUAGCUGGCAACGUUAGUAAAAUGUCCCCGUUAGUUUUGGGCAUAGACGUGGGCACGACGUCCGUCAAAGUUGUGAUUGUUCAGAAGGAGACUCAGCUAAUCUUAGCCAAUCAAUCGAAGGAUACACAGGCUAACGUACCAAGUGACUUGGGCAUCGAAGGGAACAAGCAAGACGUGCCCAAGAUUCUCUCGGCCAUCCACAAUUGCGUGUCACGUCUGCCCAAGGAUCUUCUCAAACAGGUAGACAGCAUUGGGAUAUGCGGGCAAAUGCACGGAGUGACGCUGUGGCAGCUGCCGCAGGAAUGCUCGUACAAGGAGAACGGCGAGUUCAAGCUGGACAUCGACAAAGACACCGUGUCGAAUUUGUAUACGUGGCAGGAUGGACGCUGCGACACCAGCUUUCUCAACUGCUUGCCCAAAUCCAAAAGCCACUUACCUGCUCACACUGGCUACGGCUGUGCCACGCUCUUCUGGUUCGCCAAAAACAAACCGGAAAAAUUGGAGAAGUACGCGCGAUGCGGCACGGUUCAAGACCUGGUAGUGAGUCUGCUGUGCGGCAGCGACGAGGUGAAGAUGAGCACGCAAAGCGCAGCGAGUUGGGGUUAUUUUCUCACCGAGGAAAAGCGCUGGGACACGGAAGCAUUGGAAUCCGAUGGGUUCCCGUUGAGACUCUUGCCUAGCGAGAUCCUUACCCCUGGACAGCCAGUUGGUACUUUGGCGCACAACUGGUUUGGCGUUCCUGCUGGUGUUACGAUAGGAGUAGCGCUGGGGGAUUUGCAGUGCUCCGUCUAUGCAUUACUCAAAGAGCCGACGGACGCGGUGAUGAAUAUUUCAACUUCGGCUCAGCUGGCCUACGUGCAUCCAAGCUUCAAGCCACGCGUCGGCAGCAGUUCAGACAAAAUCGAGUACUUUCCGUACUUCGACGACAAAUACCUUGCGGUAGCAGCAUCGAUGAACGGAGGCAACACGUUGGCCACUUUCGUCAAAUCGCUGCAACACUGGACUCUGGAAUUAGGAUUUUCAGUGCCUCAAUCCAAAGUCUGGGAGAAAUUGAUAGCGCUGGGCAACGACGACAAUACGGCCAUUUCGGACAUGACGAUAGUACCAACGCUGCUUGGCGAGCGUUACGCACCCGAUCAAACGGCCAGCGUAACGGGCAUUACCCUCGACACUCUUCACUUGGGCAACAUAUUUCGGGCGCUCUGCUCUGGAAUUAUACGCAACAUGCACAAUAUCAUGUCGAAGGACGAGUUGGGAACUAUGGGAAUAACCCGGAUUGUAGGCAACGGCUCGGGUCUAGUACGUAAUCCAGUGCUUCAGAAAGAGGUGUCACAUUGGUACAGUUUGCCACUCGAGCUUGGACAUACCGGUGAUGCAGCUCUGGGCGCUGCAUUUGCCGUCAUUCGUCACAAUAGUCACUGAAUGUAUCA